GCACAUCUACACACAUUGGCAUCGCUAUUUGAUUUUCGCAUUGUUUAGAUUCCUUUCUUCCGUGUUAAAACUGUGCAAUGUUUUUAACGCUAUGUGGGCUCUUUGGGGCAGAAGUUUUUUUUUUGCCCGUUCUCUGCCUCAAGAGCAGAAGAUUUGCUUGUUAGAAAGUAAGUGUGUCUUUAAGUUACCAUGGGUCUACGUGGAAUAAUCCUACUCAAUAUAAUAGGUAAUGUCAAGGUCGCCUCGGUUCAAGACAACACAAUAUACACAAGACAAUCCGGGAGGUUGAUCAAAUCACCAGGUGGUGUUGCUAAGUUAGCCACCAUUAUUUGCGAAGUGACCAGUGUGAUUCAGCCACCUCCACCCCCUACGUUUCUCACUUCUUUAUCCAUUGUAAGAACGACGCAUGAAACAUAUAUCAUAUCUGACGAAGAAUUAGUCAAUGUAAAACCUACAACUGAAACUCUGUGUCUGUUAGAGCGAUCAAAGUCUAGUGGUGAAUUCAAUUUAAGCAAAUUUUUUCCACCAUCCAAGAAAUGGACAGCUGAAUACGAGAUAAAAUCUUUGAAUAUGACUACAAUAAGUCUCAAUCUAACACUAACAGACAUUCAAUGCCGAGAUUCAGGCCCGUAUCAGUGCAUAACGGCAGUUGCGGACGAGACUGAGUUACGUACUAUGUCAGUUGUGAACUUAACAACUUCAGCUCCGACAAUCAUUGACUUGAAUUUGGAACCGAAUAAUGAAACUGGCAAGCGCUCAGCGAAAAUUGAACUUGGACUAAAUGUUACAUUGACCUGCAAUAUCACAGGACCACCAGACCUAAAAUUAUUUUGGAAAUUCGCAAAUCGGUCAUCGGAUGAAGUCUAUCUAAAGGAAUUUAUAUUUAACGCUGGGAAAAAAUGGAUUAGUGAAACUGGCUGCGUGGUCAGGUCUUACACAUCUGAGAUUCACAAAACAGUACAGCGAUACGAACAUGGAGCCACAUAUUACUGUAGUACAGACAAGCUAAUAGCGAGAGAACAAUUCACUAUUUGGAUUAAAGAUUUGCCUGACCAGAAUAGAGACCAAAGAGACGGCAGUGACAACCAUAAUGGAAAGGUCCUGUUUAUAUUCCUGUAUAUGAAACAACAUUUAGCCUUUCUUCUCACUAUUUAUAUCUUUGUAACUGACUAACAAUAUAUAGAGGAUUUAAAAUUAUUUUUUUUUAGAAAUGUUAUGAAAAAUUAUGAAAUCUGUAGUUGGGAGGAAACAUUCUUAGGGCACACUGGUCACUUGAAUUUUGCCCCUAAACGGAUUUCUUGCAUAAAGGCUAAAUACAAAUUAAAUAUUAAAUAAUACAUAUUAUAAUAAAUUAUCAUUAUCAAUUUCUCAUG